UUUGAUGCUCUCUCUCACUCCCUCAUUAUUUUUCAUUUUCCAUUAGUCUCCUCUUCAUUUUUUUUCCUCCACCUCUUAAUUUCUGGGAAGAAGAUGGCGUCGAAUGGGAACGGAGAGUUCAGCUUUGCGAGCGGAAACGGAACGGUGGCAACGGCGGCAAACGGUAACGGAACGGCGAGGAACGGGCUGGCGAAGAUCCAGACGCAGAAGAAGGACAAUGGAGUGUGUCACGACGACAGUACGCCACCUGUGAAGGCGCAGACGAUCGACGAGCUCCACUCGCUGCAGAAGAAGAAGUCGGCACCCACCACCCCAAUCAAGGGCACUCAGGGUGGUGCCUUUGCCGUCACCCUCUCUGAGGAGGAGCGACAAAAGCAGCAGCUCCAGUCCAUCAGUGCAUCUUUGGCAUCGCUGACGAGAGAGACGGGACCAAAGGUUGUUCGAGGAGACCCGGCCAAGCAGUCCGAUACCCCCAAGGUUUCGUCGCACGUGUCGCACCACCACCACUUCACGCCCACCAUUAGCGUCAGUGACAGCGCCUUGAAGUUCACACAUGUCCUCUACAACCUUUCUCCAGCUGAGUUAUAUGAGCAGGCAAUAAAGUAUGAGAAAGGGUCGUUCGUUACGUCAACCGGCGCGCUAGCAACUCUUUCUGGAGCCAAGACUGGUCGCUCUCCAAGAGACAAACGCGUCGUCAAGGAUGACACCACCCGGGACGACCUUUGGUGGGGAAGCGGCUCACCUAACAUUGAAAUGGACGAGCAUACGUUCAUGGUCAACAGAGAAAGAGCUGUGGAUUACUUGAAUUCUUUGGACAAGGUCUUUGUAAAUGAUCAAUUUUUGAAUUGGGAUCCAGAAAACAGAAUCAAAGUUCGGGUCGUGUCUGCCAGGGCUUAUCACUCAUUGUUUAUGCACAACAUGUGUAUCCGACCCACUCCUGAAGAGCUGGAGAAUUUUGGUACUCCGGACUUCACUAUAUACAAUGCCGGCCAGUUCCCAUGUAAUCGUUACACCCACUACAUGACAUCCUCUACUAGCAUAGACCUUAAUCUUGCUAGGAGGGAAAUGGUCAUCCUCGGCACCAUGUACGCUGGGGAAAUGAAGAAAGGUCUUUUCAGUGUCAUGCAUUAUCUCAUGCCUAAGCGACAAAUCCUAUCCCUGCAUUCUGGCUGCAAUAUGGGGAAAGAUGGAGAUGUUGCCCUUUUCUUUGGAUUGUCAGGUACUGGAAAGACGACUCUGUCUACGGAUCACAAUAGGUACUUGAUUGGAGAUGAUGAACACUGCUGGACUGAGAACGGUGUGUCAAAUAUCGAAGGUGGUUGCUACGCCAAGUGCAUUGACCUGUCAAGGGAGAAAGAACCUGAUAUUUGGAACGCCAUCAAGUUUGGCGCUGUGUUGGAAAACAUCGUGUUUGAUGAGUAUACACGAGAGGUGGACUAUUCUGACAAAUCUGUUACAGAGAACACUCGUGCAGCUUAUCCCAUCGAAUACAUUCCCAAUGCAAAGAUACCAUGCGUUGGUCCACAUCCAAAGAAUGUCAUACUUUUGGCAUGCGAUGCAUUUGGUGUGCUCCCUCCUGUGAGCAAGUUAAACCUUGCUCAGACCAUGUACCACUUCAUCAGUGGCUACACUGCUCUGGUUGCUGGAACUGAAGAUGGUAUCAAGGAGCCAACAGCAACAUUCUCAGCAUGCUUCGGUGCAGCAUUUAUAAUGUUGCAUCCUACUAAGUAUGCAGCAAUGCUGGCUGAGAAGAUGCAGAAGCACGGUGCAACAGGAUGGCUGGUUAACACUGGCUGGUCCGGUGGAAGCUAUGGAUCCGGAAAGCGCAUUAAGUUGCCCUACACCAGGAAAAUCAUUGACGCCAUCCACUCCGGCAGCCUCUUAAAUGCGAAGUACAAGAAGACUGAAGUGUUUGGACUUGAAAUCCCCACUGAGGUCGAGGGAGUGCCUUCAGAAAUACUGGAUCCAAUGAACACUUGGUCGGACAAGAAUGCAUACAAUGAAACUCUGAUGAAGCUAGCUGGCCUCUUCAAGAGGAACUUUGAGACUUUCACAAACUACAAGAUUGGGAAGGACAACAAGCUGACCGAGGAGAUACUUGCGGCCGGACCAAAUUUCUAAAACCUUGGCAGAAAAGGAGAAUAACUAGAAACUCUAGGGAAGCUUGGGGGUCAAGGCAAUUGAUGGAAAUAAGAAUUGGACAGAUUCAGAAGUAGGCGUAUUGUUAUUCUAUUUAUUAGAUAUGCUAAAUGGUUCUUUUGUACUUUUUUAUGUCCUAUUAAUAUAUAUAAUCAAAGGAGGUUGUUUCUCUCAA